GUGGGCGGGGCAGGAAAAGUUCCGGGAAGGCCGGUUAUUGCUCCCCGGGAGUGGAGAAGUUGGAGACGCCCAAGUCCCCACGGAAGGCCCACAGCCAUGUCGUCUGGGGACUCAAGGUCUGGUCGACAGGACGGGAAUCCGCGCGCGGCCGCAGCGCUCUGUGGCCUGUACCAUGAGGCAGGCCAGCAGCUACAGCACCUGAAGGAUCAGCUAGCCGCGCGUGACGCUCUUAUCGCGAGCCUCCGCACCCGCCUCGCAGCUCUGGAAGGGCACACGGCGCCGUCACUCGUGGACGCACUUCUGGAUCAGGUGGAGCGCUUCCGUGAGCAGCUGCGGCGACAGGAGGAAGGCGCUUCGGAGACCCAACUGCGGCAGGAAGUUGAAAGACUUACUGAGCGUCUAGAAGAAAAAGAGAGGGAGAUGCAGCAGCUGAUGAGCCAGCCUCAGCAUGAACAAGAGAAGGAGGUCGUCUUGCUUCGGAGAAGUGUGGCAGAGAAGGAGAAAGCCAGGGCUGCCAGUGAUGUUCUGUGCCGGUCCUUGACUGAUGAGACCCACCAACUGCGCAGGACAUUGGCUGCCACUGCCCACAUGUGCCAACAUCUGGCCAAAUGUCUGGAUGAACGACAACGUGCCCAGGAAGAUGCUGGGGAGAAAAGCCCUGCUGAGCUAGAGCAUACAAGCAGGGAUGCUUCUGGCCAGAGUGUUAUUAAGAAGUUACAGGAAGAAAAUCGACUGUUAAAACAGAAGGUGACUCAUGUAGAAGACCUCAAUGCUAAGUGGCAGCGUUAUGAUGCAAGUAGGGAUGAGUAUGUGAAGGGGUUACAUGCCCAGCUAAAGAGGCGGCAGGUCCCUCUUGAGCCUGAGCUGAUGAAGAAGGAGAUCUGCCGGCUUAACAGACAGUUGGAGGAGAAAAUGAGUGACUGUGCAGAAGCAGAACAGGAGCUGGCAGCCGUGAAGAUGGCCCGGGACACUGCGCUGCAGCGAGUGGAGAUACUAGAACAGCAGAUUCUUGCUUACAAGGAUGACUUCAAAUCAGAAAGGGCAGAUCGGGAACGAGCUCAUAGUAGGAUUCAAGAACUGGAGGAAAAGGUCAUGUCCUUGAUGUACCAAGUGUCCCAGAGACAGGAUUCCUGGGAGCCAGGACCCUGUCGGAUUCAUAUGGGGAACAAAACUGCCAAGUACUUAGAGAUGGAUGCACUGGAGCAUGUGUCAUCUGGUGACUGGAGGCCCGAGUCUAGGUCCCAGCAGAUGGAACCUUCUGCAGAGGGUGGGCAUGUCUGCCCAGCCCAGAGAGGUCAGGGUGACCUUCAGUGCCCUCACUGCCUGCGGUGCUUCAGUGAUGAGCAAGGCGAGGCAUUCCUCAGGCACCUGUCUGAGUGCUGCCAAUGAGCCAGAGAUACCACGCCCAUGUGACCUGUGCCACAAUAGCUGCUCUAAGGGGUUGGGAGGGUGUCCUCAGACUCAAGUCUUCAACUUGGUGUGUUGCAUUCUCCUGGGAUCUAGGGCCCAAAUGGGCAGGGUCACUGGUAGGUCAUUUUGUUUUCAUUUAGCCAUGGAGCAGACUGGGUCAGAGGGAACUAUUGGCAGAGCAAGAGGAAGAGAUGGGGACAGGGGCAUCGAGUGGGCAUUAGUUUUGUCUCUCAUGUGGAGUUUGGAUUGAGCUGUCAAGUCAAAGCUGCAAUCUAUCUGUUGUGGGAGUACUCUGAAGCCUGCUUGCACCUAGAGUUGUGCUACUUGCUGGAAGGGGAAGUUGCUGUGGGAGCAGUGUGUCCUCCCUGCAGGUGGUAGCUCCAUCCUGUUGAGUAGUGAGGUGUCACUCCCUGACCUCUGCUGCAUUACAGAUACAGUUACAUGAUACACUAGAACCUUCCAAACACAGCAAAGCCACACAGCUGCAUCCAGUACCAUCACCUUGCAAAAACACUUAUAUUUACCAAAGCACCCCCCGCCCCCAGACAGGGUUUCUGUUUCUCUGUGUAUUCCUGGCUGUCCUGGAACUUACUCUGUAGACCAGGCUGGCCUCGAACUCAGAAAUCUGCCUGCCUCUGCCUCCCAAGUGCUGGGAUUAAAGGCAUGCGCCACCACUGCCCAGCUAGCACCUUUAUUUCUAAUCAUUUAUUUUUAUAAUAAAUGGAUUUACUCCUGUGCUGCUCUGAGAGUUGGGCAGGGAUGUGUGCAGGAACAAUGGGUGUUCUGGUUACUAAGGAGAGACCAGCUGGUAAGGAGAAAUAUUCCUGCUGUCUUGCCUCAAUUCAGAGGUGUCAAGGAGAGCAGAGGAGUUAAUUCUCUUUACCAAGAUCACAGGAUUGACUGGCAGGGCUCAGAUUAGUGUCCAGGUAUGGAGUAGAGCUGAUCCAAGAACGUGUUUACAUAUGCUGGAGGUAGCAGAAGAGUAGGGAUAGCCAAGGAGCCUCACUGAUGCUGUCUAGAUUUCCAGAUGCGAGACAGCCACAGAAUUGGUUUUUCCUUUAGAAUGGUAUUUCCUUGCCAUCUUCCCAUUUCUUUAUGAAAUGGGAAUUUUUAGUUACUAUAUAUUGGAAGUAUAUAACCUAUCCUUUGAUUUAUAGGGGUUCAUAGAUUACCUUGGACCUUAGAAGAGACCUGGGACUUUGAAACAUUGUUGGGACUGUUAAAGAUGGAGAGAAAACUAGUCAUGAGCCAGGGUAAAACUUAUUGGUGCUUUGAGACUUUCAGCAAUUUCAGCAGAAGCUUCAAACUCAGGGUGAGAGGCCAGAUUUGACUCCGGUUUAGGUUCACAGAUUCUCAGGAAGUUCCAUACAUUCUACCAGUUUCAGAGAAAGGUGCGGACCCAAUGAAGCGAGCAGACUGGAACUGGAGUAAGGCUCACUGGCCUGGGGAGUGCCAGAACUCACAGCAAAAGCUGAAGACCCAUGGAAGAGACCCCAGCUGACACAGGACAAUACCUGAUUCAAAUACACAGGGCCUCUAGCCCUAAAUACCAGUCCCACAAAGGGAAAUGACACCAACUUUAUUAUAACUUAUACCUUUCCUGAGCAUUGUAAAUGUCACCAUUGAAAGAAUAAAGGAAAUCUGAAUGUAAAAAAAAAAAAACAACAACAACAAAUACAAAAGAAAAAUUUAACCAACGUAUUAAUUCCAAAUGGGCAACUCCCAGCACAGAAACAAAACCAACAGGAAAAACCUUAAUAUGUCUUCCUUAAAGAUUCCUAAUUUCACAGUACUGACUCCUAAUGGUAAUGAUUUGUUGAGUUUCCAGACAACGAAUUUAAAGGAAUAUUUAUAAGUAUGUUCAAACAGUUUAAAGAACAUAUGAAUGUACUCCAAGAGAACAACAGCAAAGAGCUAAUGAAAUAAUGAAAUCAUUCUAAGAAAUGAAUAUUGACUUCAAUAAAAAGAACUGAAGAAAAACCAAACUGAAAUGAUGCUAGGAAUGAAAAAUUCAACAAGCCCGGUUGGUGAAAAUCUUCACCAACAGAAUAGAUUAUGUAGGAAAUGACAGUUAAGGUCAGCGAGGAAUUUUUUAAAAAAGUAAACAGGACAUGCAAGAGCUUUGGGACAUAAAACCACUCGACUUUUGAACUAUGAGCAUAAAAGAAUACUAUACUAAAAGCACAAAUUUUCCUUAAAAAAACAUUUAUGUAUAUGGGUGUUUUGCCUGUAUAUCUGUGUUUCAUAUGUGUGCUCGGUGCUUAAGAGGCCAGAUAGGGGAUUGGACCCCUUGCAACUUGAAUUACAGAUAGCUGUGAGCUACAAUGUGCAUGUUUGAGAUCAAACCCUGGUCAUCUGGGGAAAAUGCCAGUGCUCUAAAGGUCUAAGCCAUCUCUCUGGUUCCAUCUAGAAAAAUUCUUUUUCUUUCUUUCUUUCUUUCUUUCUUUCUUUCUUUCUUUCUUUCUUUCUUUCUUUCUUUCUUUCUUUCUUUCUUUCUUUCUCUUUCUUCUUUUUUCUCUUUCUUUCUUUUUCUUUCUUUCCUUCCUUCCUUUCUUUUUAUUUAUUUAUUUUUUUUCGAGACAGGGUUUCUCUGUAUAGCCCUGACUGUCCUGGAGCUCACUCUGUAGACCAGACUGGCCUUGAACUCAGAAAUCCACCUGCCUCUGCCUCCCAGAGAGCUGGGAUUACAGGCGUGCGCCACCACUGCUGGCUAGAAAAUAUUUUCAAUAAAAUAGAAGAGAAUUUUGUGAGUCUAAAGAAUGAGAUACCACCUGUAAUCCCAACACUUGGGAGACAGAGUCAGGCAGAUUUCUGAGUUCAACGCCAGCCUGGUUUUAAAAAAUAAAAAUAAAAAAAAGAAUGAGAUACCAAGAUACAAGAAGUCUACAGAAUACCAAAUAGGUAGGAUGAGAAAAUAAACUCCCACCAACAUGUUUUAGUUAAAAUACAAAAAUACAGCCAGGCGGUGGUGGCACACGCCUGUAAUCCCAGCACUCUGGGAGGCAGAGGCAGGCAGAUUUCUGAGUUCGAGGCCAGUCUGGUCUACAGAGUGAGUUCCAGGACAGCCAGGGCUAUACAGAGAAACUCUGUCUCGGGGGUGGGGGGGUGGGGUGGGGGAAUCCCCAAAACAAAACAAAACAAAACAAAAAUACAGACAAAAAGAAAGAUAUUGAAAACUGCACAAGAGAAGGGUCAAGUUACCUAUAAAGGAAAGCUCAUCAGAAUAACAUGAAUAUUUCACAGAGACAUUUCAAAGCCAGAAGGGCCUAAAAAAUAUAUUCUGAAAUACAGCUCUGAAAGAACACAACUGUAAAACAAGAUUAUUAUCCAGCAAAGCUGUCUAAUAAAAUUGAAGGAGCUAUAAAACACUUUCCAUGUUUAAAAUAGUCUAAAGAGGGCUAGAUGGUUUAAAAGCACUGAGUACUCUUUCAGAGGUCCUGAGUUCGAUUCCCAGCAACCACAUGGUGUCUCACAACCAUCUGUAAUAAGAUCUGGUGGCCUCUUCUGGUGUGUCUGAAGACAGCUACAGUGUACUCAUAUACAUUAAAUAAGUAAACAAAUCUUUUAACCGGAAGAGAAGAUCCAAACUAAUCAAAUCAAAAGGUUAAAGAGGAAGCUAUUACAAUAGAUUGAAAUACAAUUCAUAAAUCUAUGGAGACAUACCCUAAGAACUUUAUUAUUUUUUCUUUUUUUGGAGACAAGGUUUUUUCUAUGUAGUUCUGGCUAUCCUAGAACUAUGUAGACCAGGCUUGCCUUCAACUCACAGAGAUUUGCCUGCUCUCCACCUUCAGAGUGCUGGAAUUGUGCCAUCAUGACUGGCAUCUCCAAACUUUUAAUGAAGCUAGUUAUUCUGAUACCAAAAUCAGGUAAAUACUGUACACACAUGUGCAAAAAUUAGGCUAAUCUCCCUAAAGAUUGUAAAUACAAAAAUCUUCAAUAAAAUAUAAACAUCACAUUGAAAAGCAUUUAUCAUGACCAUUUUGACUAUUCCAAUGAUCUAGAGAUGACUCAACAUACAUAAAUAAAUGUAAUUCAUAAUAUAAAUGGGUCAAAACCCAGAAAUCACAUGAAAGUUGUAGAAAAGGCUUUUGACAUACCCAAUUAUCACUUCAAGAUCAGAAUCAUGGAAAGACUAGACAUGGAGGGAACAUAUCUCGAUAUAACAAAGACAACAUACAACACACUUAUAGUCAACAUCAUACCAGAAAAAACUCAAAGCAUUUUCACUAAGAUCAGGAAUGAGACAAAGGUUUCCAUUCUUCCCACUUCUAUUCCACACAAUGCUUGAAGAUAGACUAAUACAAAAAGAAAAGGGAUACCAAUAGGAAAAGCAGUAUCUCUUUUUUUCAGAUGCUACCAAUGCUAUACAUAAGAGGUCCUAAAGAAUCCACCAAAAAUUUCAAGCUGAUAAUCAUGUUCAGUAGAUGACACACAUAACCCAAGAAUAAACUUGACCAAGGAUAUUAAAGACCUCUAUAAUCAAAGUUUUAAGACAGUAAAGAAAGAAAUUAAGGAAUACACUAAAAGGUAUAGAGACCUCCAUACUCAUGGAUCAGAAGAAUAUUAUGAAAAAUGACUACCCUACUUAAAGGUCCAGAAAUAUACAAGGAGGCACAAUUAAUCAGAUAGUCAAAACAAUCCUGAGUAAAAAUAACACUGCAGAAGGUAACAUCAUACAUGGUUGCAAAUUAUAUUAGAGCAAUAUUAACUUUUACAAAGAUGGCAGAAGUAUUCAACAGAAAAAAGAAAACAUCUUUAAAAAUGAUGCCAAGAAAACUGACAAAUUAGAUCCUUCUCUCCCACAAUGCACAAAACAACUCAAAAUGGAUCAAAAACCUCAAUAUAAGACCUGAUAUCCUGAAAGUGCUGGAGGAAAAGUUAAGAGUACAUAUUUCAACUAAUAGGCACAUAGAAGGACUUUCUAAAUAAGACUGAUCACACAGGAAAUAGAGCAACAGGUAACAAAUGUAAUCUCAUCAGACUAAAGAAAUUGAAGUAAAUAGAUGGCCUACACAAUUGGAGAAAACCCUUGCCAGCUAUUCAUCUAACAGGACUAGUAUGUAGAAUAUAUGAAGAACUAAAAAAGCUGAACAUGUCAGGCAGUGGUGGCACACACUUAAAAAGACAAUGUCUGAAAAACAAAUGAAUGAAUAAGUAAUUUGAAAAAAACGGUCGGUCGGUGGUGGCGCACGCCUUUAGUCCCAGCACUUGGGAGGCAGAGAGGCAGGCGGAUUUCUGAGUCUGAGGCCAGCCUGGUCUACAGAGUGAGUUCCAGGACAGCCGGAGCUACACAGAGAAACCCUGUCUCGAAAAAACCAAAAUCCAAACCAAAAUAAACAAACAAACAAAUAAAUAAAAGGAAAAGAAAACCAAUGAAGAAAUGUUAUGUGGGACAUCAACUUUGGAUUAUUUUUAGGUGAUGCUGCUCUAAUUCAGUUCUUACCUUGUAUUCAUGAAAUCUUGGCUUCUAUUCCCAGUGCACACAGAUUGCACACAUAUGUGAACCUUUUUGACUACCAUUUUCUCUCAGGCAUUCAUCCCUGUCCCUGCCUACCUCCCCCCCCCCCCCCCCCGCCCCCAACAGGGUUGAUUUUAUGUUUGUUUAAUAGCCCUGGAAUCACUUUGUCAACCAGGCUGGCUUCAAACCCCCAGACUGUCUCUACCUCUUGAGUGCAGGGAGUUAAAGUGUGCACCACCACUGGCUCACAUUCCAUAAAUUCACCGAUUUCUUUUGUGGGUAGCUUUAUAUUGGUUUCUGCCUCAUAUGUGUUUUUCUUUUGAAGUAUCAUUUGACAUUUAAUUUUUAAUCUUUUUCUUCUUUCACAAUGUUUUAGUUGUAUGCCUUUGGUUAUUAUGUAUGUGUUUAGAUUUUAUACCUCACUCUCCCACCCCCUUUGAGAGGAUAUUUGUAUGAAGCCAUAGCUAUCUUGGAACUUUAGGCUGGUUGUGAACUCACAGAAACCCGUUUCUGUCUCCGAGCACUGGGAUUAAAGGUGUGUGCCACUCUG